AUGUCUGUCCAGGACGAACGGCAGAUCAAUACUGAAUAUGCAGUUUCUCUUCUUGAGCAGCUAAAACUGUUCUAUGAGCAACAACUACUAACGGACAUAGUAUUAAUUGUUGAGGGCACUGAAUUUCCAUGUCACAAAAUGGUUCUUGCAACAUGCAGCUCUUAUUUCAGGGCAAUGUUUAUGAGUGGGCUUAGUGAAAGUAAACAAACACAUGUCCAUCUGAGAAAUGUGGAUGCAGCUUCUUUGCAGAUCAUUAUCACAUAUGCAUACACGGGUAACUUGGCAAUAAAUGAAAGCACUGUUGAACAGCUCUACGAAACCGCAUGUUUUUUACAGGUGGAAGAUGUGUUGCAGCUCUGUAGGGAAUAUUUAAUUAAGAAAAUCAAUGCCAAAAACUGUGUCCGGCUAAUGAGUUUUGCUGACUUGUUCAGCUGUGAAGAAUUGAAGCAGUGCGCCAAAAGAAUGGUGGAGCACAAGUUUACCACAGUGUACCGCCAGGAUGCUUUCAUGCAGCUAUCUAGAGAUCUUUUGAUAGACCUUGUGAGUAGUGACAAUCUAAAUGUGGAAAAAAGAGGAGACUGUGAGAGAAGCUGCAAUGUCUUGGUUAGAGUACAACACUGUGUCUCGCUCGCAGUACUUGUCCACUGUUUUAAGCCACCUGCGCAUUGAUGCUCUUUCAGAGGUCGUUCAGCGUGAGUGGUUCCAAGGUUUGCCACCAAAUGAUAAGUCUGUAGUAGUGCAAGGACUUUACAAAUCCAUGCCGAGAUUUUUUAAACCAAGGCUUGGCAUGACAAAAGAAGAGAUGAUCAUCAUAAUAGAAGCUGCUCUUGAAAAUCCUGGUUGUUAUUCCACCAUCUGUUACAGUCCUCAGGCAGAGAAAGUUUACAAGAUUUGCAACCCACCCUCUGAGCUACAUAAAAUUGGAACUGUGGUGACUCCUGAUAAUGAUAUUUUUAUUGCUGGAGGACAGGUCCCUGUAAAAACAACCAAAAGCAAUCACAGCAAGCCUGGCAAACUGCAGGCUACUUUCAGGGCUGUGAAUAGUUUCUACUGGUUUGAUGCACAGCAGAAUACCUGGAUUCCAAAGACCCCCAUGUUAUGCGUUCGCGUUAAGCCUUCUUUGGUAUGGUGUGACGGCUACAUCUAUGCAAUUGGUGGAGAUAGCGUAGGUGGUGAACAGAACAGAAGAACAGUGGAAAGAUACGACUGUGAGAAGGAUGAGUGGACUUUGAUGAGCCCUCUGCCAUGUGCAUUUUCAUGGAGUGUUGCAGUAGUCGUCAACGAUUGCAUUUAUGUCAUGGCCUAUAACCUAACCUACUGCUACAUUCCACGGUCUGGUAUCUGGGUAGAAGUAGCUAAGAGACAAACUAGUAGAUGCUUUGCUUCUGCUGCAGCCUUUGAUGGCAAAAUCUUCUACCUCGGAGGUCUGCAAACAGACAACAAUUCAGGCGUGUGGCUCCCAUCCAACACUUUGGAUGGUUCUUCCGUAGCUGUUGAAAUAUAUGAUGUUCAUAAGAAUGAAUGGUAUAUGGCAGCCAGUAUACCCGCCAAACGCUUUGCUGAUCCCUGUGUUCGAGCAGUGGUCAUAUCCAGUUCCUUAUGCGUCUUUAUCAGAGAGACACAUAUGAAUGAAAAGGCAAAAUAUGCCAUCUAUCAGUAUGAUAUGGACCUGGACCAGUGGUUUCUGCGGCAGCAGAUAUCAGAGCGUGUCCUUUGGGAUUUGGGGAAAGAGUUCCGGUGCACUGUUGGGAAGUUAUACCCUUCAUGUCUAGAAGUAUCUCCUUGGAAACCUCUAACGCAUGUUUUCUCACAAGAUGGUGCAGAUGACUUUGAGCUUGAUGGAAACAUGGCUACAUUACCCCCUGUAUAG